AUGCCUUGGGUUUCUGGCCCAACAGUUACUAGCACACUGAUAGCCCAUACACCGCUGUCCGGCAGCACCAAAGGCAGCACCAUUGACAGCAUUGAUGAACUGAGACUUGUUGGCAUCUGGAAGCACCACCAAAUGGUUUUUUGCACCCAAAUUGGCUUGUACUCUUUUUCCCAACUCACUUCCACGCUUGUGAAUGUAGGCACCUGCCUUGUCGCCUCCAACAAAAGUAAUGGCUUUAAUUCUUGGAUCCUCAACAAUUUUGUUCACUGUAUCGUGUUUUCCAUGGACAAUGUUGACCACUCCAGAAGGAACUCCUGCCUUCUUUGCGAGUUCAGCGAUGAUCAUAGAGGCUCCAGGAACCCGCUCGGACGGCUUGAUAACAGCUGUAUUACCUGUAACCAACACCAAUGGCAAAGACCAAAGAGGAACCAUAGCUGGAAAGUUGAAAGGACAGAUCGAACCAAUAACUCCAAGUGGUUCUCUGAUCAUUUUUGUCUCCAUAUCGGUAGCCACCUCAAGCCCGCUGGACAUCAUAUCGUUGGUAACGUUACAUGCAGCUUCUGCAACUUGAAGACCUCUCAACACAUCUCCCUUGGCAUCAGCAAACGUCUUACCUUGUUCCAACACAAUUAUUCCAGCAAUUCUAUCCAUAUUUUCCCGAAGCAACUGCACAAACUUGAAGGCAAUACCUUGACGACGAAUAAUUGA